GCAAAUGGGACGAAGCUGCUCACAGAAACGGUGCGCGCCAAAACGCGUUUCCAGUUUGUUUCGCGGAAAGAGAGGGUGAAUUGUGUGUGUUUGUGUUCAAAUUCCUGGGAUUCAGUGCGACUAAACGAUUGCUGUAGUGUGUGGAGUGUAGCCGGAAAUGCCGAUUUACAUAAGAAAUCCUUCCAAAAAUGGAGAACCCAACAGCACGCUGGAAGAGUGGAGCAUCGUGGAGCUGCAAGGUGAUCUGGACGUCCGGGGCGAUCGCAUCAUGUCUGGACAGUUCAUAGGCGAUCUUCUCUACAACAAAUACGGCCAACCGAUUCUUAUCAUUGGCCAUCAUAUACUGCAAGGAAGGAUGCAGAAAAUCGACAAACCACUGCUGGUGGUCGAAAAGUGCGAUCUGAACCGACGGGAUGACGAUGAUGAGGGCGAUGAAAUGAUGCUGGACGUCAGUCAGCUGCCGAUGACACAAGGCAGCGAGCAUGAGCUGGACUCGACGGCCCAAUCGGUCACCUCGAACCGCACCGUACUCGACUCGACCGUUGCGAUCGAACACAAGGUGGUGCCGAAGGUCGAGUACCGGGUGCGUGCCGUCGUACGGAGCAAAGUAUUGUUCAAAGCGCGCCCCAAACCAAUCAUUGCAAACGUUUCCAAAACGGUGUAACAUUGUUGUUGUGUAUAAGUAAAAUAUAAGCUUUCUUAAAUGUACUAAUUAAGGUGUUAAUGAGUCACACCGCCGUCGCCCUUGUGGCGAUGCGUGCCGCGCGAACCGGUAAUGCGCACAUGCCACACCGAAUAUCACACCGAUUGCGGCCGUAUCUGAUCUCUUUUCCCGCCCAACGUGACAUCACAUUAGUGUGCAUCAUCACGGCUUUGCAUUUCCUGUUAAUAAUUUUGCAGUCGCUGCGAGGUGAGCUUUACAAUGAAACGAUCAGACAAACUGCUCUGCCGGAAAAGGGGCAUUUGUCACAGGUGCCGGUGUUUCUGAUACCGAUCUUCUGUGUGCUGUACUAUAAAAGGCUCCUUCACAGUGGCUUCGAGCAAGCAGCUACCCACUGACAGUGAUCACGGUACGUUAACACACAAGCGAACGGAGCGAAACAACAUGAACAAAGCAAUUGCAGCGAUUUUUCUACUAGCGAUGAUGGUGCUGGUGCACUACGCAUCCGCUGAGCAUAAGAAGCCGAAGGACACGCUGACACGCAUCGACAAUGUGGACGGGAUCGAGAUGAUCAAACCGCUCGACGAUGUGCUGAGCGCGAUGGAAGGCUUGCGAAUGCGCCGUGCUGCCCAGGGUGGCGGUGGUGGUGGUGGCCAGGGACAGGGCGGACAGGGCGGUAAACAAGGCGGCGGCCAGGGUGGUGGACGCCGUGGACCACCAGACAACAGCCAGGGCAGUGGUGAAAACUAAUGCCACAGUGAGUGCUGAGAGGAGUCCGCUCCGAUCGCUCUUCCUAUCAAAAACCAUCGUAAAAAGCCUUUCUUUGAAGUAUGAUCGUUGGUGUGGUUUUGUUUGGUUUGAAUUUUAGAAAAUGGAACAAAUUGUUGUUCCGUUCCGUAGUUCGUCUGUUCUUACUAGCCAUUUGAACUGAUUUUUAGUUGUAGAGUUGUUCGAAAUUGCACCCCAAAAACAUGUUCGCAAAAUAAAACACACAUAAUUUAUCAAAUGCA